CAAUGAGUGUGAUCUCCUCCUCGGCUCCCACUUCGCCAAAUAGUAGUCAGGAUGAAGAAGACCCCGUCAAUCUGAGAACACCAUACCCACUUACCUCAACAUUCGGUCGAAGGUGCCGCAUUCCGAGCCGCCCGACAACACUGAGAACUCGUCGACGUCCCGGAUUUAUUACCACAUGCAGUCCAUUCUUCGGCCGGUUGGGCGGGGUCCAUUCGCCUUACCAGUCAGAUAUUAGCCAGUCUGCUCCUAGUAGCCCCACUAUGGACACUUAUGAAACAUUGCCUCUAGUUGAGAACGUGGUAACAAUGGACGAAUGCUCUUGGGGAAUGCAGAGUGCACGUGGACAAUUGGUUAACCUUACCUCGACGGUGAAAAGUAUCCUGUCAAAUAAUGUCACAUCAGAUCCACGCUCUGCCGAAGCACCAGAUCCAGCUCUGCUCCAUCUCUUGCAACGGCUUGGUAUACAAACCGUCUGGCCUUGUCUGAGGGAUCACGGAGUGACCGAUCUACACGGUUUGGGUCGCCUAAAUCGCGACGAACUGAUCCGUAUGGGAAUCACGGAUGCAGAAACGAGGGGAACGCUUGUGACUGCUGGUCAGAUGCUCGGCAGCAGGUGGCUGAAUGCAAAUUCCAAUCCACCACCACCGCCCCCACCUUUACCAGUUCCACCCACUCCGAAACGUACAUUCAUCGGGCCGAACACGGAACCACACCAACAGAUGGAUGGAGCGCGUUUGACCGAGAAACAGGCACUGCAUGAUUCUGGCUGUUCCAGUAGCAAUGAAUUUAGCGGAGGCACGGCAGUUCAGCGAACCAACACAGCAACACAGUUUUUCGUAAUCCUGGGGACCGGUUUUGGCCAGUGUCAACUACAAUGGUUAAAGACAGUCUACAGACGAU